UCUAGCGAUAUUUUGCUCAUGUGUUUUAAAUUGUUUGAUUUGUGCCAUGGAUUCUCUGCCCAAGCCACGACGUUCCUUUAAAAAGCCAUUCGCUUUCCCCAAAAAUUGCACCUAUCGCCCGCUAAGACAAAUCAACAAUAUGGAGCGCAACUUGAAAUUGCCUGCAGACCAGCCCACCUACUUCACUAUCAAAGCACCACCCUCAUUAUUGCCCGCAAAGAAGUACUCGGACAUAAGUGGACUGCCCGCUCCCUACGUUGAUCCGCACUCCAAGCUGCGCUAUAGCAAUUCCGAUGAGUACGCGUCCAUGCAACACAUGCCCUCGGACAUCAUCAACGGAUACUUGACAUUACGUGGUCACACAAGCGCCGUGGGCUAGAAAUCACACACAUUUCCAUAAUAUAUUAACAUAUGUACAUAUACAUAAGUAUGCGUUACUCAAAUCUCCAUAUUAUAACUUAAUUCUGUUCACGAGCAGUUUUAAAUUCAAUGAUAAGCGCACACAUCUGCUAAUUUGUAUAUCCUUACAUACAUAUGUAUAUGUAAUUACUGAUAUGUAUGUAUAUAUCUAUGUACGCGCCCAAACACAUCUCAAUCUAGUACGUAUGGAAAGCUUUAUCAAGAAACUGGAGUAUAUUUGUUUUACCAAACAAUCUCUUAAUAAAGCAGGAGUAUUUAAAAAACGUGCACAUACUACUUGUCCUUACACCCUCCCUAUUGUUAAUGCACCUACAUAUGCACAUACAGCGUCCAUGGAAACAAAAUUAAGAAGUCCUACGGUCUAUUCGUAUCUUUGAUUGUGACCGAACUAUUUUGCUUUGCUUGUUAAUAAGAAAAAAGAAUUUAU